GAAUUUUCAGGAAAAUGAGCGACGCAUCGCAUUAAUCUCGCAGCACAAUAUUGUGGUGAUCUAUUGAUUUUUGAAGGAUUCUCUCAGCUACUUUUCGUCGAAUGCUUUAUGUAAGCGAUACGUGGUUGUAAAUGUGAGUAGUUUUCUCCCAACUAUGAAGGACGCUCUUCAGUCCCCGUCUGCACUGAAUCAAGAUGGUUGUCUUACACACGAAGGCUGUUCACCGGCACCAGACGACAAUCGCUUGUUAACAUCCACAGACAAAGAGUCCAUCAAAAUUACAAGGAAGUACGUACCAGUGCUGACAAGACCAAAGAGACCACGUGUGUCCGGGAGAGUUCGGUAUGUGUACCUAGUGUCUGGGUGUCUACUGUUUGUGGUGUCUUUGGUGCUAAUGGUGGCGGGAACCAUAAGGGUCAACCAGUGUAACAAGGAAGAAGAGAGGAAAUGGGGAGAACGUUUCAUCGAAGAAAACGUUGAUCAGUUUGUUUCCACGAACAACUUUGCCCUUGAAAAACCAACCAAACAAAGUUCAGAUCAUGUGGAGGAGACCAGAGGUCACUCAGAACUAGCCGUAGACGGAGACAGCCAAACCUGCUCACAAACAGAUGAGGAAAUAUGGCCAUGGUGGUGGGUAGACCUAAAAACCAUUAGACCAAUAGAGGCAGUCAUUAUCAAAGGAAGUCCUAAUCAAGGUCUUCGAAAUUUAAGUGUCACAAUUCAAAUGACUGAACCCAUUUUCAUUUCCGAAAACUCCAGCAAUCCAGCACCUUGUUUCAUUCAGACAGAGGUGUCCACGUCAAUCAUCACCACGUGUGGCUAUAACGCCAAUGGAAGAUAUGUAGUAAUCCGGAGAGGAACAGAUGGAUACAGGAGUCCCCAGUCCCUGUUACUGUGUGAAGUAUUAGUGACACAGAGGCUAGGAUAGUGACCAGAGUCUGCUGACAGUAGCUGCUGUCCGUGGACUUGUAUCUGGAAGACUGAUUUGUGAUACAUGUACCUGUGUGUAUAUAUAUAUAUAUAUAUAUAUAUAUAUAUAUAAGAAAUGGGGUAAUCGAUUAAUCGCAAUCAGCUGUAAUUGAUUACAUUUUCUCAUGUAAUCAAAUGUAAUCUGUAAUCGAACUUUUUCUUUUAGAUUACAUGUAAUCGUAAUUGUAAUUGAUUACUUUAAUUUUUUCCUGUAAUCAUGAUUACAUUUAGAUUACAUUUUAAUUACAUGCAAGUUGUUUAUCGAAUUUCAUUGAUACUUUUAUUAGACCUAUCAAAAGGGUUUGUUUUGUUUAUUUCUCUUUAACUUUCUGUAGUGAAAAUUAAUUAUUUAUAUCAAACUGAUUAAAAAAUAGAUGCAUUUAUUUUAUUUUUUUAUUUUUAUUUUUAUAUUCCCCCCCCCCCAGAUUUUAUUUCAUAUGUUUUUAUUCACACUUUGGUUGGAUCAUUUUGUUUUGAAAUAAAAACUUCUAAUAGUUAAGUUACUGUAAGCUUGUAAUUAAUGAUCAAAGGUUGCACAACAAUGCAGUUAUGAAAACUGUUUUCACUAAAGUGUUUUCACAAUGGUCAGUGGACAUGGGACACUCAUGGGGCACACAUUUACAUUAAUUGUUAUACAUAGUUGAAUAACGAUGUUUUUACAAUAAUUAAUGAGCACAUUUUCAUAACCAUCGCACAGUUCAAACAAUUUCUAAUUUCGAUGUUCGCGUUUACAGAUAACCGCCACCUAUCGGCUGAAAUUGGAAUUCUGGGAAAUAGUGGGACACAAAAAGCAAGCUAUUCUUUGAAAAUUUCUAUUUCAAUCUACGUCUGUAAAAAGUGCUUAUUAAGGAAUUUACUCUUACAAACAAAACAUCAAUAAGAAUCUGUAGAUGAAAACGAUUCGUUACUGAUUUUUGGGAUUAUGGUGUCUGCGCACUGUAACCUUCGCAUAGCGGUUAGAGGUCAAGAAAAUCAAUAUUUUCGCAGAGUGCAUUAUGUAAUUAGAGUUCACGUCAUUAAGCUAUUACACGGUAGGCACGUGGACAGGACACAUGGUAAAUACGACGGAUUGUAGACGCAUUUUACUGUUGCAAUGUUCUCAUUGUGAUCAUCGAAAUGGAGCAUUAUUUUAUUGCGUAUCUUGAAAAUUUGUCAAGAAUGUAAAUUUGUAAAUGAAAGGGGUGGCCACGUAUUUCAGUUAAAACAGAAUUUAGAAAAAGUGUGUAUAAUAUAUUUUGCUGGUUAAUCAAAGAGGAUUUUUUCCUGUGUUCACAAAAUCGCGUACUCGGAUGGGGGUUUUGAGUCGACUCGCGUAGCGAGCUACUUUCUUAGUAUCAGGUCCGUCCUGCGGAUUCACCGCUUCACAAUACCACCCUAGCUCAUACGCAACUGAAUAUAGUUUGACUGGCAGUGUAUGUUUAUUGAUUUGUUAAAUGAAAUCAUUGCCGUAUACAUUAAAUUCUUAAUGUCGAUGGAACGCACAAAUUGUUUGUGAAAGAAUGUGAGUGUAUUUUAGAAUCAGGCAUCGACCCAUCGUCGGAUACCCACGGCUGAUCUCGUCUUCUACUCAGUAGAAGACGAGGUCAACCGUGGGUAUCGGACGAUGGCAUCGACCUAGCAGGUCUGCAACUGAAUACAGUUGGGAGAAGAUGAUACUACGGAUAUGAAAGCAGACAGUGCAUAUCUUUCAUUGAAUUUAAAAUUUGUCAACAUGGUUAAUAAAGUCAUAUAUGAUAUAUUAAAAUCUUAGUCAAACAAUAAUGGGGAAAGACGUAUGAAGUCUAUCGAAAUAUUUUUAAUCGCGCAAGAAUAUAAAGAGGGAGAGGGUGAGGAUGCAUAAGGACUUCGAUUUUCCGUGGAAAUAAAUGAUAUUGCUAUUUUUGAACUAAUAUUCUAACAGAAUUCUGACGAAAAUACCCCGGUUUAUCUGAAAUAAAUUAACGAAUUCUAUAUUUGCUGUGUUUUAAUAAAUAAACAACGAACGAGUUAACAUUAUUUACAUAAACACGUGGUACAUUUUUGCGGGAAUACGCCAUGUAAGCAGAACGAAGGAAGAUAUUUGAAGACUUCAAGAAAUUAAAUUUGUAUCGAUACCUGCUACAAAUUGUGUCCGGGCUGUAACUGUUUUGUUUUUUGUGGUAGGCUUUUGAUAUUUGAUAUGUACCGAUAAGUGAUCAUUUCAUGUAGAUGUGCUGGGUACCAUGAAUAGUCACGGUGACCUUUGAUCUUGAACUUUUAUGUUCACACAACUUUUGAAGCUUUAUGGGUGUAUUCCUCUAGCCGAUGUGUCGUGUUCCUAGUUUGUGACGUUGAAAUUCCAAAGAUAUAUAGUUAAGCAUAAUACAUAUGCUUGUACAUUUUGUUUUACUAUGCUUUAAAGAUUCAAAAUUAAGGAGGUAUGCUACACCAGAGAAAUUUGAUUUGGAUGAAAAGUGGAGGAUAUGUGCAACAAUAUUUUAAAAUUGAAAACUUUCAAAUUUACUUUAUUUAGAAAAAAAAAAUGUAGUUUUAGUAGAAAGCAAUCUGAGAAAAAUUUAAAACCCCUGCUGGAUUCGAACACGUGAUCUACAGUUCAGCAGUCGACAUACUAGCCUACUGAGCUACUCAGCUAGGCGAAAAUAUCUAUAAUGAAUAGACAAAUAUUGCUGAUAAUUGAAUUUUCAUCCAUGUUAUAAAAGGAAGUCAUCCAUUAUGACGAUGUAGAGUACAUCCUUAAUUAAAUCUUAUAAGACGGUGCUGCAUAUAUACCCCCCCCCCCUCACCACCACCCCUUGUUGGAAAUCGUGGACGAGUCGACUUUGAGGCCUUUGAUUCUUUCUUCUCCCUCUCUCUAAAAUGGAUUUGAAAUGACGAUUUAAAUUUGAAUUUUUUUUCCAGAACGGUUAGGAGAAGUCGGAUGAGUACAUCAUACUAAUUUUAAUUUGAGAUAGAACACAAUAUUAUCCGACACGCACGUUUUCUGUUGUGCACGUGUAUCAGAAAUAAAAUAUAUAUGUCUCUACUAAGGAAAAUACUGCAAAUUGUCAUUGUUUCAAGCAUGAGCCUUAAACUGAUUGCGGUCUACAGCAACAUACAAUGAAAAAUAUUAGUGUUUUCAAUUUGUUUUUACUUGAUUUCCUUCUUUAUCAUUCGACAAAAAAGCAUAAAUAUCUUUGUACCGUACUUGUGCCAUCUAUCAAUUUUUUCAUAUGUCUUGCAAGCACCGGUGUAUGCACUGUUUGCUAUUGACAAAAGACUGGUGACGGUGUUUGCUACGGACAUUGAGUACUAUACACCAGUUUCAUAACAAGUGCAGUCUUUUCUUAGAGAUCAGCCGAGCAUAGUGAAAAUUCAAGUAAAUUAAAAGUCGAAUAUCUUGGAUAUGGGGUAACCCAUAUCUAUUCUUGUUACUUAAACAUAUAAUAUUGCCGAACGUAUGAAGGAAGGGCAUGGUUUCACAACCUGUAUUCCCCAUUCCCUCAUUUUUUCUGCGAAUGAUCUUUUUAUAUGAAAUCUUUUUAAAUAGUUUUUCGGCGAUAUACCUCUUCAUUUUUUCUAACAGGAGGAAAUUAGUAGUAAAGAUUCUUAUCAAAGUCCAUGGAGAGCGAUACCCUCUCCCUGCUUGGAAUAUGAUUAUACCAAAAUACAUAUGAUAUAUGAUUUGCAUAUAUAAUAUUUGUGUGAUUUGAUUAUGGAAAUUUCGCUGGCUGAAUCUCUAAACUUUUUUUAAAAAGCUAAACCUGUCAAUAUUGGACUGAUUCUGCCUGUUGCUAUUCUGCGAUCUCUCUUUGUUAGGAGACCAGUCAUUUUUAUUUACGUAUAACGUAACAGUUUGAAAAAUACUGUUUGCAAAUUACUCUUGUAGCGUUUUAUGAUGUUUAUUGCUAGUCACUUCUUUUAUGAUUUUUUUCAUAUUAGAACUUUGGAUUCACAUUCUAUCCAACCUGACUUUGAAUUGAAGUCAACCUCAUUUUUGAUUACAAAAAAUAACCCAACUUUCAUGCUUUGAUUGCUACCGAUAAUUAUGCAGUGAAUUCAGAGCCAUAAAGAUGCAUAUAAUUAGGUACAUCUAAAUGAUUUCUGGUAAAGUGAUGAAAGGGAUGUAAAGUAUUUCGUAUACCUUCAUUAUUAUGUUGGUACUUGCUACUUGAUAUAUGUAAUUGUGUGAAUUUUUCUUUUUGCUUUUGUGUUUAUCAACGCCAUUAUAAAGUUUAUAUUCAACAUGGUAAACAGGCUCAGGACAUCCAUGUAUGUUAUUUCCUUACAGAAAAUGUAUUAUCUAGUUGUAUAAAAUUAAACAUUAAUGC